CUCGUCCUCGAGUGCGGCGGCGCUUCGGCCCGCGAGGCUCUGUGCCGGGAGGAUGGGGAAAGUGAGGGGGCUGCGGGCCCGGGUGCAUCGGGCCGCGGUGCGGCCCCGGGGCGAGGCGGCGCCGGGCCCGGUGCCCCCCGCCAAGGAGCCGGCCCUUGCGCAGGCCUCGGGCGCCGUGGGGGGAAGGGACUGGGCAUUUGUUCAUACCGACAUCUUUGCCAAGACCCAGAUAGACCCCAGUGCCUUGGUGCAGAGGCUGGAGCUGGACCAGAGGAGUGUGUCUUCUCUCAGGAGAGGUGCGGAGGUCAAGACCAUUUUGCCAAAGAAGGAGAAACUGAGGCUGCGGCGUGAGCAAUGGCUACAGAAAAUUGAAGCUAUAAAGCUAGCCGAGAAGAAGCUCAGAGAGGAGCGGAAGCGUAGGGCUACGGUGGUGGUGGGGGACCUGCAACCCCUGAGGGACGCGCUGCCCGAGCUGCAGGAGCUGGAGGCUGGCAGCCAGAGGCAAGCCAGGAGCAGGGUGACCAGCAAGCCCAGGCCAGCCGAGCUCAGCCGGAUGAGCACAGCCCAAAGACAGCAGCUCCUGGAGGAAGAACAGACCCGGUUUCGGGAGCUGCUGGCCAGCCCAACCUACAGAGCCAGCCCCCUGCUGGCCAUUGGGAAGCAGCUGGCUCGCCAGCUGCAGCUGGAAGGCAGCAGCCAGCUCUGACGGAGGGUGCUGGGUGUGCCAUGAACUCUUAAGGGAUGUCUGUGUGGGUCUGGACCGGUGCCAGCUGCCCUGUGGUACCUGAGCCUGGGGCAUGCCGUUGGUUCCACUUAGGUGCUUCUGACUUGUUGGGGGUGGUCAUGAGAAGACCCAGUUGUGAGCAUAAUAAAGUGCCUUAUGGACUCCUCCCCUGCAGCCCCUGACUCUUCCCACAGCUACAGAUCUGCUCCUUCGUUUCCCAGGCCAGGCCCCAAGCUGGGCAGAGCCACGUGGUUGUCAACGUGGUCAGUUUGCAGGGGCUGCACUUGCACAGCACCAGGGACCCUGAGCAGGCAGCGGCACCCUCCCGAGACUUCAGCCCUGUUUCCUCCCUUGUUUGGGAAGGAAGUCUGCCACCGCCUGCUACUCCGGUUUUAGGAAGGGGACCUGGGUGGCACCUACUUGUCUGAUACUUCCACAGCCCGCUUCCCUACUGCUGCUUCACUUCCUAUAGUGGUCUGUAGAGGCUGUCCCUACCUGGGAUCUGUGCUGUCCAAGGGUGCAGAAGAGCUCCCAAGGCUCCAGCCUGCUCUCUGCCCAGGCUGCUUGCCACUUUGCAGUCUUGUGACCAUGGAGGACCCAGUUACUGGCUCAGCCCAGGGCUUUACUGAGCCAGCGAGCCUGAUUCAUGGUGAUUAGAUUUGGGGAUAGGUUGUUAAGCCUCCUUUUCAGGAUGUGGAAAGGAAUGGGAGGGUGCGCCUCUACCCUGCCCCCCGCUUCCAGAGUUGAGGGCUCAUUUGGGCUCUUCAGCCCAUGUCCUGCAUGGGGCUGGGCAAGGGGGCAGUGGUGGCGGGUGUGAGGCUCAGAGACCAGGGACUUGAGCAGCAUCUUGGAGGACCAUUGCGAGUACUUACCCUUCAUUCUGUGUUGAGAGUCUCCAUGGUCCCCACAACUUGCAGUCACCCACCACGUGAGGAUUCAUCUUCACAGAGACCGCACAGCCCGGGCAUUGUCCACAGAGGCCUCCCUGUAAGUGGGGGCUGGGCAGAGGGUCCAUGGGCACUGAUGCGUACCCUGAAGGGACAUGGUGAAUAAAAGGAACAAAUGGGACAGAAGCCGGGAAGCAUCGUGAAUUCUCUUAGACAAAGGCCAGCUCAGCUGUCGGAGAGAGCACCAUCCCAAGCCACACUGGGCUGCCUGUGGACAGACGUGGGCUCAGUAAACAGGAGUGUGUGCAGCCUACCCACUCCUGCACUGUUGGGAGGUGCGUGCAGCCUGGCGUGCCUGGGCAGGUGGGGGUGGCUUCUUCCAUUGGCUGUGGUCUCUUCUGUGUGACCUGAAGGUUUGCUGAAGAACUUGUCACUCCUGACACAUUGAGAGUGAGCCCUUCUUGCUCCCUGGUCUAAAGAUGACUUGUCUGGCGAUGGCUGGCAUGGACCCACAGCCUCAUGAUCACCUCUCUCUUGGGGACCCCAAUUCCUGCCUAGGAACUGGGGCCUUGCCAUCGGAAUCUCACCCGGGAGGGCAGCCCACCGGCCAUGCUUGCUGGGAGUGAGGACAGAUGCUGAAGGGCGCAGGGCAGUGGCAGCAGGCCAGGGUGGGCCCAGCAGAGGGGUCACUUAGGCAAACAACAGGAGAGGAGUUGGGAGCCAACCUCUGAACUGUCCCGAGAAAGCGUGGGGCUACCUCGCACUUUUUUGAUCAGAGAAGCGGCGCUCAGUGAAGGAUUGCAGCCAGCAGGCAGCUUGUGUGAGAACUUGCUGGAUACUGUGUAGAGGUGGGGAUCCCUGCCAUGAUGGGGUCACCCCAUUUUGCUUUCAAACAAAGCGCACUCAUCCUUCAUGUGUGGAGGGACAUAUGGAGCAGAUGUCAGACAGUAGGUCUCUGGACAGUUGUGGGGAUUUUUCUGUUCUCUGUUUUGUGUCCUUUCUUUGUAGAAUGAAUGUGAAUUAUUUGGUAAUAAACAAGUGAGAGGUUCUCCAAGUUCAAGUCCCUUUUUUUCUUUAAGGUAAACAGCAGAUAAGGGCCUGUGGGGCACAGCAGUGCCAGGUACCUCCCUGACAGGUGGAAAAGCAUCCUCUGGUCACACCCUGCCCCAGACAGUCCUGGGCCACCCAGAGGCAGGGCCUGGGAUGGGGGUCAGAGAGGAAGCAGCAGGAGAAGGCCCUGUGUACCUCCGGGGGAGGUGCUGUGGGAGGCCAUUGUCGUGUGUCUGGAAUGUCCCCCAGAGACUACGUGUUGGAGGUGUGGUUCGGU